GGAGGAGGAGGAGGAAGGAGAGGGAGUGGAGGAAUUUUCGCGCACUGUGACGGAACACCGAAGUAGAAACUCCUAAACUAGAUUCAACUUUUUUUCCCACCGCAGAAGCAACCAAGUUUCUUCUCAGGACUUUAUUGUUGUGGACUUUUGGAUUUUGGACCCGGACUCGAGGGAACUUUUCUCCUCUCAAUCGCGACAAGAUGAGAUGAUGGACUCCGGUGAUGUUUCCGAGAAGUCCACUUUCACGGUCCUCUCCUUGUUCUUGUUCUUCAUGUUCAUGUUCGGGCCGGCAAAGGUGGCCAGCACAGAUCGAGACUUGGAGUUUAUGGAGAGUCCCACUGCGGUGGUCUCGUCUCUGGGCCGCCCCGUGAGGCUGCAGUGCAGGCUGAGGGCGGCGUACGGCGAGGAGGAGCAGCGUCCUGACGUGGAGUGGCUGAAGGACGGUGUGCCACUUCGCACCGCCGAGACCGACCAGCUGGAGGUGCCAAACGGCCGCCAGCACUGGGUGGUGCUGAGCAUGCUCAGGAUUGACAGCGUCCAGCUUGGAGACAUGGGCAGCUAUCAGUGUGCGGUCCAGGUAGAAGGCCAGCAGAUCUUGUCUAAGGAGGGAAGCAUCCUGCUUGAGGGACUUCCUCACUUCUCCACUGAGCCUCAGCACAUGUCCGUUGUAGCCAACGAAUCACUGAGCCUGCACUGCGUGGCCCACGGCCCACCAGAACCCGUACGAGUCAUCUGGUUGCAGGACGGUGCUCCUCUGAACACCCUGGACGACCCGGUGGCCAUGUCGCCCUCUGUGCUCAACCUCACAGGUUUGAACCGGACCAGCACUUUCUCCUGCGAGGCCCAGAACAACAAGGGCGUGGCAGCCUCUGGAUCCGGAACCAUCACUGUGCUGCCUGCUCCGCCUCACCGCCUGAGGGCCGCCAAUGUCAUGCCGACCAGCCUCCGCCUGUCGUGGCAACCCGGCUUUGGAGGCGACUACCCGAUCGUGCGCUGCUCUGUGCAGACCUCAUCAGGAGAUGCAGACCAGAUCAUCCACUACCAGAAUGUCAGCGUCCCGCCGGCCGACCUCCUCUUGGAGGAUUUGGAGCCACACAGCGACUACGCUUUCAGGGUGGCGUGUCACAGCAGCCAGGGGGCGUCAGACUGGUCGCCGUGGGUGGCCGUGCACACGGCAGAAGGAGUACCUGAGAUGCCUCCAGACAACGUGACGGUGGUGCUGAACGGGACCAAGGUCCACCUGGUCUGGGAGAAACCCGCAGGGAAGCUUAAUGGUGACCUUCAGGGAUACUUGGUGGUCUACAGCACGCCCACCAUGCAGGAACCGGUUGUCAUGGAUGCCGGCCUGGACACGCAGCUGUCAAUCAACCUGUCUGUCCCGCUCAGCAACAUCACCUAUCAGGUGUGUGCAUACACGGGGGCGGGGGAAGGACCCUGGACGCCACUGCAGACUCUGACACUCGUCUCUGCUGGCCUGUCGUCGCCGCCGGCCUUCUCCUGGCACUGGUGGUACGUGGUGAUGGCCGCCACCGGCGCCGUGGCCCUGGCCGUGCUCAUGAUCGUGUACGUGGCCAAGCUGCGGCGGAAGCAGACGCGCUUCGGCGAUGCCUUCGAGCCCAUCAUGGAGAGCGGGGAGCUGGUGGUCCGCUACCGAGCGCGCCGCUCCUACAGCCGCAGGUCCACAGAGGCCACGCUGAACAGUCUGGGCAUCAGCGAUGAGCUGAAGCAGAAGCUGCAGGACGUGAUGGUGGACAGACACAAGCUGACGCUAGGAAAGACGCUGGGAGAAGGAGAGUUUGGCUCGGUGAUGGAAGGUCUGCUGACCCAGGAAGACUCUGUUCUCCGAGUGGCCGUCAAGACCAUGAAGAUCGCCAUCUGCACGCGCACAGAGAUGGAAGACUUUCUGCGUGAGGCCAUCUGCAUGAAGGACUUUGACCACUCCAACGUCAUGAGGCUGCUGGGCGUGUGUCUGCAGACUGUGGAGAGCGAAGGCUACCCCUCCCCCGUGGUCAUCCUGCCCUACAUGAAGCACGGCGACCUGCACAGCUACCUUCUCUACUCGCGGUUGGGAGAUUGUCCCGUGUACCUCCCCGCGCAGAUGCUGGUGAAGUUCAUGACAGACAUCGCCCGCGGGAUGGAGUACCUCAGCAGCAAGAACUUCAUCCACAGGGACCUGGCCGCACGCAACUGCAUGCUGAACGAGAACAUGAACGUGUGCGUAGCCGACUUCGGCCUCUCCAAGAAGAUCUACAAUGGCGACUACUACAGGCAGGGGCGGAUCUCCAAGAUGCCCGUCAAGUGGAUCGCCAUCGAAAGCUUGGCGGACAGAGUCUACACCACCAAGAGCGACGUGUGGUCGUUUGGCGUCACCAUGUGGGAGAUAGCCACCAGGGGUCAGACGCCAUACCCCGGGGUGGAAAACAGCGAGAUCUACGAUUAUCUGCGGCAGGGGAAUCGUCUCAAGCAGCCUCCAGACUGUCUGGACAGCAUAUACGCUCUGAUGUUCACCUGCUGGCUGCUGAGUCCAAAAGAUCGCCCGUCCUUCGAGUCGCUGCGUUGCGAACUGGAAAAGACCCUCGAGGACCUGCCGGACCCCCAGGACCCGGAAGAGAUCCUGUACGUGAACAUGGACGAAUCCUCUAUGGAGCUGGGUGCCGUGGGCGGCUGCGAACCCAUAGGUGGGUCCGCCCCUCUGUGCCUGAAGGGCCUGGAGGUGACCUCGGUGGAGGUGCACCGCCCCAACCGCUACGUCCUGUGCCCCCAGCACGAAAGCAGCCGAGCCCUGGGCGACUCCCUGGAGAGUCUGGACAUGCCCGUGUCGUCCUCCACCGCCACGCUGCCGCUGCAUCCGUCCCAACAUUCCACCCCCAACUUGACCCCCGCGCCCACGCCCACCACCGAGCUACUGGAGCAGCGGGAGGAGACCCGGAAGGUUCCCUGGCAGUGAUGGAGUGGAAUGCCUCUUUUACAUUUUUGUGGGAUCCACGUGAAAGAGGCUAAAAGACUGCAUGAAAUCUUUUUUUGCACACACACACACACACACACACACACACACACACACACACACACGUUCCAUGUUCUUUUUUCUCCUAAAAGUGGCACAUUUUCACCACGUUGUCCCGUGAAUGUUCAAAGUUCAGCACCUUCUGUGUGGGCGUCCUCGCUGGAAAGUUGUGCUCCUUUCUCUGGAGGGGAGGCGGUGUCAUUCUCUGACACCAUCGCUGACGAUGUACAUUCCCGCAUCUUCGCCAAACGGAUGAAACGGAAAAAAACUCAGCCGGGUCUCUCGGCUGUCUCCAAUGACGGUACCAAACAGUCCAGAUGGUCCAAAUACUCAGAAGAAGCACAGUGACUUUUAUUUUGUACGCUGAUUUUUCUACUUUGCCAACUUUUGCACUAAUGUUUUUUCUAUCAAGGUUUUGUCUAUACUGUGUAUGCCUUGUUUUUUUCCACUCUUCCAUGUGAUGGAGCGCUUUCUGCUCUUUGAACACUCGUCUGUUACAAAACAGCACCAGCUGGCAUCUUAAAGGCACUUAUUUGAUACAUGGCACUGUACAUAUGAGCCGCAUUUUCUUAUCGGAUUGAUGGAAUUAGAGGACAAAAUGUGUUUAAAGGAGGUACGCCAUGAAUUGUGUAAAGAAGCGCUACAGUAAUCCCUCAGCGCUUUGCGCUUUCAGUUUAGCGCCUUCACUCUCAGUUUUUCAAAAAUGUUUCCAUUGAUAAAUCAUGCUGUUUGGUGGUUUAAUAUGCAUAUUUAAGCAAAUCUUACGUUUUUUGGGUCUAAAAGAGGCAUAAAAAUGGCUAAAUGAAGUAAAAUACAAAUAUAAGGCAUUCAGAAAAUGCAUUCCUCGACGUGAUAUGUAGUAUCCUACACUGGUUAAAAACUGUAUUUAGAAGGUCGAAAAGAGGUUUUCUAUGCUCUAACUAUGAGAACAUUUCAUUUCUACAUAAGGAAUCCUACGACAUUCACUUAUCGCGGUCGGGUGUGGAACCAAUUAACCAUGAGGAAUGAGGGAUUACUGUACUUGCAUUGUUAGCUAGUCGUGCGUGUUGAAUGUAGAUGUUGCGAUGCAAGUGCCUUCACAGAGCUCGUAUGAUGCCCCCGUCCACGUGCUGACUGAACAAACCACCUUUAUUGGGUCACGUUUAUGGUUUUAUAAAGUUAUCUCCUGUAUUUUGUACAAAAAUCUUGUUUCCAUGGAGACUGUGUGUGUGUGUGUGUGUGUGUGUGUGCGUGCGUGUGUGUGUGAGACACGAGGCGUAGUGCAUGCAACCCGGUGGCUUCAGAAGUGAAUGUAAGAGAUCUGCACGUCGCCGUCCACCUCCAGCUUGUCGAUCUCGUUGACGGCCCGCAAGCGGUGCGUGAAAUCAAACAGCGGCUGACCGUUGACAAAGACCUUGAAGCGGUCGCUUCCGCAGCGGAUGGACAUCUUGAGAGAGGACGGGGAGAAAGGAAAUAAGACACGAUGACGCCGGGUAAGCAGGGCAGUGGGGACAAAGACGGCACUCACGUCAAAGUACUGUCCCUCCUUGAAGGGGUUGACGCUGAGCUGGCGCUCCUCUUGGCCCCAGCGGCCGCCGAUCAUGCUGUUCCUCACCACCACGCCGUCCCUCACGCGGGGGUUCAUGUGGAAGGCGACGUCUCGGGAUCGGCUGGCCACAAAGUUGAUGCUGAUCCUGGAAAAAGCAACUGAUGUUAACAGAAAUGAAACACUUCCUGUUUAGACUCCUUAGUUGUCCAGUUCAAGGCACUUGGGCAACUUUGGGGGAAGGUUCUUUUCUGGUAGCAAGAUCCAAAAAGGCAUGAAGGGGAAGCUCAAGAACCUGUUAGCUUGGUAGGGCACCAUGCCUCUGAUGAUGAUGGUCCUCUUGGAGAACAUUCCUCCUGGGAUCAUGCUGGAGUAAGGAAUGGGCUGCAAGAUUGAAGAGAGUCACUGCCAAUCCUGGAUAGACAACUAUUCAUUGUGAGAUAUGAAAGGGUUUCUGACACGAUUCAUCAACUUUGCUUACAUAUGUUAUAUAAUGUUUGUAAUUAUGUUCUACAUUUUUCCAUUUUUGAAAGCGAAUGGUAAACUUGCAAAAAUGACAUUUAUACUUCAUGGUGCCAGCCAGCUCUCGCUGUUCAGUCUCAUUUCCAGAAGUGACGUCAUCGCAGUACUAUCACUCAGCUACACAAGCAUAGCGGUGCACGAGACAGAGGAUGUUUACAGUGGUUACAGCGAAGACUUGAGCGAUGUGUCAAUAGUUUGAGGAGAAGGGAGAAACAUUUGGAGAUGAAAUAGAGAAUUUGUAGAACACGGACUUCAGCCUUAAGACACGAAGAUGAAGAAAGGUAAGUGUAAAUUACUCUCGGCGUAAAUGGAGUCUUUAUAGCCUGAUUUAUAUUUUGUCACAUCCACUGCCCCCGCCCCCUUCAUUAAACAUACUAUAUCGCUGUGAAAAGAUGUUUAUAUAACAUGUAUAAUGCAUUACAGCCUUGUCGCUAUCACGGAAUAGUGUUUAAAAGACAUUACGUAAACAAGACAUGACUUACUCUGUUCUGUGGCAACUUUUAUGUCAUUCUUGUCUUUUUUUUUUCCUGUGUACCGUUGGAAUAGCAUCCUUUUUCAAAGUGCAUUUAUACCGUACUUUCAAGCCAAAUGUUUCUUAUAAGGGUCUUCCUUCAUAGCAGUCAUUAGUGAAAUGAUCACUGCAAAGAACAUAACUCGAGGUGGGCGUCCAUCUGUCUCUUGUUCUCUGCACUUGCUUUGCCCACUCGGCUUCUGUGAACAUCCAGCAGCAACACAACAUUUUGUCAUGACUACUAUUUUGAUGAAAAAUAUACUGAACCAAGUCGACCAUCUACCUCGAGAAGCGUUUGUUUACUCUGCUUUAGCUGAGAGGUGUCACCCCGAUGAAAUGAGGCUGAACUCCGACAGCUAGUUCUUCAUGAGUGGCACGGGUGACAAUGUAGAAGAUAAUUUAAAAAUAUAUAUAACAUAUUUAAACAAAGUUGAUGAAUCCCUUUAAGGGACGGACCCUUUAAGAGUACGUUAUUAUGGACAAUUAAACAAUUACAAUUAUGGACACGUAUUGGGAUUUCUACAGGAAGUGGACAAAAAAAGUGGCGUUUUAACUGCUUUAACUGGAAGAUUUUUGAGUGUGUUUGAGGUAUUUGUGUCCAUUUGCCCACAUGCUUUUGUCCAGGGAUGUCGGAUUUUCAUAAAAAUGAGAUAGCGGUUCAUAUCGGUAUUG